AUGUCGCCACCGCCAUCAACCUGCGACGUCCUCGUAAUAGGCGGCGGCAACGCAGGCUUCUCCGCCGCCCUCUCAGCAGCGCAAACAAACCCAAGAGCGCAUGUAGUCAUCAUUGACAAAUGCCCCGCCAGCUGGGCCGGCGGCAACACCUACUUCACAGCGGGAGCCUUUCGCACCGCGCACAAUGGGCUCGCCGACCUCCUCCCGCUGGUCAAUAACACGCCGCCGGAGAAGGCCGCGCACAUCGACAUGCCCAUCUACUCUGAGAAAGACUUCACGCAUGAUCUAAAUCGUAUGACGGGCGGGCGUACCGAUCCGGCGCUAGCAAAGGUCCUAGUGCAGGACUCUCGCGAAGCCAUCGGCUGGCUUGCACAGAACGGCGUGCGCUUCCAGCUGUCUUUUAAUCGACAGGCGUACGAAGUCAACGGUCGACUGAAGUUCUGGGGCGGACUGGCGCUGAAAACUGAAGAUGGAGGAAAGGGUCUCGUCGAAGACCAUCUACGCGCAGGACAGAAGCACGGCGUACAAGUAUUCGUCGACACGGCAGCCACCGCUCUCCUCACAAACCCGCAUGGCGCUAUAACGGGCGUCGAAGUGCUCUGCCGUCCACACCAGAAACGAACCAUCACCACAGGCGCAGUAAUCCUCGCAGCCGGCGGCUUCGAAGCAAACCCGCAACUCCGAGCCCAAUACCUCGGGCCGGGCUGGGACGCUGCGCACGUCCGAGGAACACCUUAUAACACGGGCGACGUACUACAAAUCGCACAACGGGACGUGUCUGCCAAGGCGGCGGGCAACUGGUCCGGCUGCCACAGUGUCGCGUGGGACGCGGAUUCGCCCGCGCAUGUCGGGGACCGGGGUUUAUCGAACGAGUUCACCAAGUCCGGCUACCCGCUCGGGAUCAUGGUGAACCGGGACGGGGAGCGGUUUGUGGACGAGGGGUCUGAUAUGCGGAACUAUACGUAUGCGAUGAUCGGGAGGCGGAUUCUGGCGCAGCCGGGCCAGGUUGCGUUUCAGCUCUGGGAUGCGAAGACGACGGACUGGUUGAGGGCCGAGGAGUAUAGGGCUGAGGUUACGAGGCAUUUGAAAGGGGAUAGCCUGGAGGAACUUGCGGAGGCGUGUGCUGAAGUUGGAUUGGUUAAUAAGGAGCGGUUUUUGGCUACGGUGGAGGAGUAUAACAAGUCUGUGAGGCCGGGGAAAUGGGAUCCUGCGGUAAAGGAUGGUUUAUCUACUCAUGGGUUGAGUAUCCCGAAGUCCAAUUGGGCUUUGCCGAUUGACAAGGCGCCGUUCCUGGCGGUUCGAGUUACUUCUGGUAUUACGUUUACGUUUGGUGGGUUGGCUGUGAACCCUGAGACGGCGGCAGUCAUUUCUGAAACUACCGGGGCUGAGGUUCCGGGGUUGUACUGCGUCGGGGAGAUGCUUGGUGGUAUCUUCCAUGACAACUAUCCCGGUGGAAGCGGACUGACUUCCGGUACUGUCUUUGGUCGUCGAGCUGGACGAGCUGCGGCUGAGGAUGUCGGUGCGAGAGAUCGGCUUUGA